UUACAAGUCAGACUUUUCCAGUUUUGGUGUUGUUUUUGGAUAAACUUGAUAAGGCAGUUCUUAAUUUCCUUUUUUUCCUUUUUUCCUCUUUACACGGUAAUUUAUAUAAGGCAGUUUCUCACCUCUCUUGUCUCACUUGUCAGUUGUCACCAAAGAAAAACAAAUCAAUGAAAAGAAGCUCGAGGAAGGAAAGGAAGAGGAGGAACAAGACGAAGGUGUGUGGGUUAUCGUCGUUGCCAGAUGAGUUGGUUUGGAACUGCCUGGCUAAAGUAUCGAGAUGGGACCUGGCGGCCUUCGGUAUGACCUCCAAGGCACACCGGUAUUUCGCAAUCUCUCCUUAUCUCUGGGACUGGAGAUGCCGGAUGGGUCGCCUGGAGCCAUCUUACUACAUGUGCUUGCACAUAUUUCCAGAACCCAUCCCACGGUGGUUCAUCCUCCACCCGGUUCAACGUCUGCUGAAACGAAUCGACUCGUACGCGUAUCAGUCUCCAGAAUCAGGAUCCUCUUUCGUGGUGGUGGCUUGGCGUAUAUUUAUCAUCGGUGGACUCGUAGACGGCAAACCCACAUCGGAAGUCGCGUUGUUCGAUUGUUUCGAGCAUAACUGGUACAAACUCCCGCCCAUGAAGAUGCCUCGUGCUUACGCCUCAGCAAGCAUGAUCGACAACAAGAUAUACGUGUUUGGAGGGUGCGACGGGGAUGACUCAAACUGGGCAGAGGUAUACGAUAUCGCCACCUGUACUUGGGAUUUCUUGUGUGUGCCAACUACUACUCGGCCAAAGAAUAUCAAACAAAGCGUGGUGAUAGACAAAAAGGAGGUUUACGCAGUGGAUGAGGAUGGUCAAAGCUUCUCCUUCUCCCCAAGCAAACUGUUUGUGUCAUGCGGCGUAAAAACAGAUUCUAAAGACGACUGGUGUUUGAUUAGAGGAUUCUUAUUUUCCCCUGGUCCCCGCGGGACAAUACUGUGGUGUUUGCCACACGAGUUGGAUUGGAAGGAAGUCAAGGGUUUGGAAGAGCUGCAAAAACAACAACCACAUCUGGCUGAAUACGGUAUCACCAAACUCUCCACAACCUAUGCAAAUUCCUACCUUGUCAUCUUCUGGAACGCCCAGCCUCAAGGUGCUGAUAGUUUGGAGCUUUGGUCCGCCCACAUUUCCCUCGGUAAAUUUGGACCAGAGGUUUGGGGAAAGAUUGAGUGGUCCGGUUCUGUCUACAAACUCGACUACCCUCUCACAGACUCAAAUAGAGUUAAGGUCGUGUUUGCUGGUACUGCCUUUACCUGAUGAUCAUGUUCUUACUCCCUUGUUUCAAAACUAUAUAUUUAUUAUUGAUACCAUCUCUGACUCAUUGACCAGGGAUCUAAGUUGUUUUUUUCUUUUAAUUUAUAUAUUUUGCAACUGAGUCAGAAGCAAGAUACAUAUCUAUUCUGCUCGUCCCGUUUGUUUGUCAAAGUGUUUUUAGAUUCAAAGAUAACAUAGAUUGCAAGAUGUUGCUGAUAUUUUCAUUUCACAUGCGUGAUUGUUAAAGUCGUUUCAACUUUGGUAUUAUAGAAUGAUGAA